AUGCAUUCUGGAACGGCGACCACAUCGAAUGGAUAUGCAAAAUAUCAAAUAAGAUCAUCGGGAAUUGGUCGGGUGUUAGCCGAGGAAAGCACUGUGUUUUCUAUUGAUGAUCACGAGGAAAAUGAGGGGAGAUCAAUGGGAAAUCAACAGCCAAAUGAAAGCACAGAGAAAAGCCGUUUGGUUGAAUGCCGAUUGGAUAGUGAUGAAGAAGAUGAAGAAGAAGAGAAAAUCACAACAAUCUCACCACAAAAAAAUGAGGAAGAAAGGAAAAGACAGACGAAAAAUGCGACACAAAAUUCUGUACGAGAGAAAGAGUUCUCCCGAUUGACUGACGAAUUCGACGUUGAAGGGGAUUCGGCAUCCGAUGAAUUGGAUCUUUUACCACCACUUGGAGCCACACCACAUAGUGUCUCGAAGUUGUGGAAAGUCUUCAAUUGUUGUCGCUCUCGUGUGCCACUCAAGUGCUCGAUCUUG